ACCACUUCGAUAUAAAAAUAGAGAAAUUAUUGUACUUUUGCAGUCCUGUACAAUCGUAGACAUGAGCAAUAAAAUGUGUUGCUCUGCUUUAAAUUAAAAAAGCAAGAAGGUGGAUUGACAUCCUGUGCUCGAGGGCCGUUGCUAUGGGCCGUUCAGCUCAACAGAACCAGCGCGAGAGGAGGACGUGGUGGUGUUGACUGAGGGUUUGUCAAGAUGGAUCAUGAAGAACAGUUUUCCUUUAUAGCAGAAUGGUACGAUGCAAGUGCUAGCCUAAUUCGGCGCUACUUGUUUUUCUUUUAUCCAAAAGAUGGAUCUAUUGAAAUGUAUGAUAUAAAGAACCGCCGUACCUUUUUGAAACGGACAAAGUAUGAACAAUUGCGGCAAGAAGACUUGUUCGUUGACAGUGUAAUUACUGUGUAUGCUCGUCAGCUCCAUUUAGUAGGCUAUGGAGACCAAUACACAGCUCUCAAACUGGGAAAUAAGAAACAAAAGACACUAGGUAUAAUAAAGCCAGGUUCAGAUCUUAAAUUCGGAAAAUUGGUUGACCGGCUGUACAGCUCAGGACUUAUAAUAUCCAAGGCAAAAAUGAUAGACCUGACAAGUGAUCUUCUUAGGUAUUUAACUUGUGGUCCUGCUAUUGCACUGGAAAUUAUGGGAGAUGAGGCUGUUUUUUCAUGGAGGAAACUAAUUGGAUCUCCAGAUUCUGGGAGAGCAGAAAGUGAAGCCAGAAUUCGGGCUCUUUAUGGAAUUGACAAUGCCAAUACUCAUGGUUCUGAAUGUGCUGCAACUGCAGCUCGAGAACUAGAGAUUUUUUUCCCAUCGCUUGGUAAAGGGCCAUCAAAUACAGCAAAAUGUAUUGAUUGCACCUUAUGCAUUAUCAAACCUCAUGCUAUUGCUGAAGGUCUGGCUGGAAAGAUUUUAGAUGCCAUUGAAGAACGCGGAUUUAAAUUUACCGCAUUUCAAUUGUUCAAUCUAGACCAAGCCAAUGCAGAAGAGUUCCUUGAAGUGUAUAAAGGAGUUGUUUCUGAAUAUAAUGGUAUGGUAAAUGAACUAAUUUCAGGCCCUUGUCUUGCACUUGAAUUCCAAGGAAAUGACAUUCAGAAAGCAUUUAGAGAAUGCUGUGGACCAUCAGAUCCUUAUUUGUGGACAUUCAAAGUUUGUCAACCACUUCCUGAUUUCCAAAUUAUGCAGUUCUUUCUUUGCUCUGGAUUACAUCGUGCACCUUGGGUGUUGCUGGAGUUGCAAGAAUCCAGACUUCUGCUCCCAAGAACGCUGAGCUGCUUAAUGCCGUGAUAAUGUUUGAAGCACUGUAACCAGCCCAAUGAUACACUGUGAUACACCCAGUACCACUUCAAGGUUACAGCCACUUGAUCGGCGAAUCAUUGCAGUUAUGAGAAAAUAUUACCGCUGUGACAAGUUACAUGCGGUCCUGGGUGAAGUCAAUGCUGACAAUGGACUACAGGAAAUCAUUAAGGCAUUCACAAUCAAGGAUGCUCUAUUCAUGGUUGCUGAAUCUUGGGACUGCAUCAAGCCAUCAACAGUUGCAGACCGAUGGUACAAUAGUUUGUGUAUUAGGAGCCGUGCCAGUGAAGCGGACACCCAUCCAGAACAAAGCAUAACCACUGACAUCACCGACAAUUGCAGACUGAUGCUUGGGUGAACUAUGACACCGAAAUUGGAACAGAGACACUCACCGAUGAUCAAAUAAUCAACGUAGUCGCAGAGGAACAGCAGGAAUGUACGAAUGGUGUGGAUAGCAAGGAAAAUCUGAUACCGGCACCACCUCCAAUCCUCGUUAAUGAAGCUAUUGACAGUUUGUGACUUUUCAUGGAGUGGUACGAAGCACAAGAUGAGGUUGAUGCUGUUAAAUUGAUGCAUCCUCGUCACAUGUUACUGUUCGCGAAAAGAAAGAUAGCACUUCCUCAAGCAACAGCGACGGGAUGAUUUAUUUGGAAAUAAUAACCAGCCUCCAUUCAAUGAAUUCUUUUUAUUGUACAGGUACAGAAAAAGUGAUCUGAGUUGUAAAAUGUCAUGAAUUUUUAAGCAAUAUACGGUGUUUGUUCAGGUUUUAGUGAUCAAAUGAAAUAAAAAUGCUGUAAGCAUGCUUUUUAAUGCAAUUAUGGGCAGUGCAGUUUCCUUUGUUUAAUGUCAAAUCAAUUUACCGAAUAAUCAAUUAUCCGAAUGAAAACCUGCCCGC